AUGGUUUCCAAAACCACGCGAGCUACUACUACAGCAGCAAGAAGAGCGGCUGCACGCAUGCAUGCGGCCGCGGAAAGUGCCUCUCACGCCUCAGCAGCAGGCGAUUCAUCGCCUGUUGUCGUGGAUCCUCCACGUGGUGAGUCACCACGUGCGACAGGUACAUCCGUUGCAUCUGUAGCGGGUACCUCGAAUCGUAAUCAAGACGAGUCUGAGAUAGAGCUCAUCUAUUCCGGCGAGUGGAAUGAUACAUCCACCCCGAAGGCGACGCCUCACCCCUACGGAUCACCGGGGGCGGACACUGCAAGAGCCAGGUUGACUGGCUCUGGUCAGCGCGGCAGCAUCAUGACCGAGAUCUUCGGAUCGAGAGUGAUUACUCCGAUGAGUCUCCGCCUCACACAAGUCCAUCCAAGAAAUGGACGCGUGGAGAUGGUGGUGAUGCACCUAUGCAUCACCACGGGCGAAGUAACUCAAGGGAUCGGGGUAACACUGGUGCCAGUGCUCAGGCUGGCACCAAUUAAGAGGCUAGGGACCGAAAUGUCUUGCGCUACGCUCCUCAAGUGGAGUCUCUGUGGAUGCCGCCAUCCAGGCCGGUUGGCCGGCACGACUACCGAACGGGAUCAAAUCCCGUUGUUCGUUUGA